AUGCCCCGUUGGUGCGACAGGUGGUGGUGGGUGGUGUGGGUGGCGAGUGUGGCGGCAGGGGCAGAGAGUGGUGGUGGUGCUCAGGGGUCGCUUCCCCCCUCCAGGAGGUUCAACAUCGGGGGAGUGCUUCACGACAACGACACGGAGCUCCACUUCACAAAUGCACUCAAGAAGAUCAACUUCGACGGCAUCUCCGUGGCUGACCAGACAACGCUGUACGACGUGACGUUAGUGCACCGCGGCAACCCUAUCGCGGCAGCCCUGCACGUGUGUCAGACGGUGAUCGCCCAGGCGGUGUUCGCUGUGGUUGUGGCGAGUUCUUCUUACGACUCAGUGACGACAGCUUCGGUCUCCUACACCUGCGGCUUCUACCACAUCCCAGUCAUCUGCACUCACUCUAGGGACUACAUCUUCUCUGACAAGAACAUCCACGUGUCUCUGCUACGCACGGUGCCGCCGUACAGUCACCAGGCGGACGUGUGGGUGAGGCUGCUGAAGCUGCUCGGGUACAGGCAGGUCAUCGUGCUACACUCGGCAGACACAGACGGCCGCGCCCUCCUCGCCCGCUUCCAGUCCGCCGCCAGACACAGCGACAACGAGAAGGGAGUCAAGGUGGUAACUGUGAUGGAGUUUGCUCCCGGCCAAGAGUCCUUCGUGAGGGAACUGACCACCAUCCGCGAGGAGCUGGUGAAGGUCGUCCUGGUGCACGCCAGCGAAGAGGACGCGGAGAUAAUUUUCCACGACGCCAGCUAUCUCAACAUGACGAACGAAAACUAUGUGUGGCUGGUGACCGAGCAAGCCUUGCACGCCCGCUUUGUCCCUGCUGGUGCCCUGGGCCUGCAACUCAAGUACGCCGACGAUUACAACGCCCACAUUACCGACAGUUUGCGAGUGGUUGCCCUGGCGCUGCGUCGUCUUCACGAAGCACACGAGGUCAUCCCAAAGCCUCCAAUCAGCUGUGACGACUGGAACGGCUGGGACGAGACCGGCCGUGAGCUGUUCAGCCUGAUACGGGGGCAGGUACUGACGGACGGACAGACGGGGAAGGUCGCGUUUGAUGAGCACGGGGAUCGAACCCACGCCGAGUACUCCGUAGUGAACGUGCAGGAACGACGCCCGCUGCAGCAGGACUACCCCGUCUACAGGAUGCCAGAGGUCGUAGGAGAGUUUCUUUACGAUGUGGCGAGCGACGAGAUGGUAAUGCAGCUCAACAAGUCCAGUAUCAGGUGGGCGGGAGGACUGACCGAGGCACCGCCCGGUUACUUCCUUCCUAAACAUCUUAAGGUGCUCACCAUCCGAGAGACGCCGUUCGUGUACGCCGAGGCAGUGAAGGACGAGGCGCAGUGCUCCCUCCAAGACGAGGUGUUCUGCCCCAUGCUCACAGGGAAGGAAGGAGAGACGCUUCCCAUGUGCUGCUGGGGUUUCUGCAUCGACUUGCUCCUGACCCUGGCUGAGAAGAACGCCUUCAGCUUCAGCCUAUUCUUAGCCCCUGAUGGCCAGUACGGGGAUCUGGUGGAGGGGCCUGACGGAAGGAACUGGACGGGUAUGAUUGGGCACCUGGCUGGGGACGGGGAUGCGGACAUGGCCGUGGCGCCCCUCACCAUCAACCCGCAGCGCUCCCAGGAUAUCCAUCUCACCAAGCCCUUCAAGUACCAGGGCAUCACCAUCCUCGUCAAGCGGGCCUCCAUCGUACCUGCGUUGGUCUCCAUCCUGCAGCCUUUCCGAGGGACGUUGUGGCUGCUGCUGAUGGCCACCGUGCAUGUCAUUGCUGUCCUCAUCUGGCUCCUGGACCGCCUCAGCCCCGUGUACAGCGAGGAUAAGGAAGAGGACGGGAGUGAGUCCAUGGCCAUCUCGGAGUCCUUCUGGUUCUCGUGGUCUGUCAUCCUCAACAGCGGCCUCUCGGAAGGGACGCCGCGUGGCCUAAGCGGAAGGGUCCUUGGCAUCAUCUGGAGCGGCUUCACAAUGAUCAUGGUAGCCUCCUACACGGCCAACCUGGCGGCCUUCCUGGUGCUGGACACGCCCGAGACACCCAUCUCAGGCAUCAACGACCCCAGGCUUCGGAACCCCGUGGAGAAUUUUAGCUUUGCCACGGUGCGCGGGUCGGCAGUGGACAUGUUCUUCCGCCGCAAGACUGAGUGGGCAAACAUGUACCGCGUGAUGGAGGCGCACGACUACCGCACUGUAGAUGAAGCAGUGCAGGCAGUGCGCGACGGACGGCUCCAGGCGUUCAUCUGGGAGAGCUCGAGGCUGGAAUAUGAGGCGUCCAUGGACUGCAACCUGGUUACGGUUGGAGAGCUGUUUGGGCGCUCCGGGUAUGGCAUUGGUCUGAAGAAGGAAUCCCCGUGGUCAGAGAAGAUCACGCUGGACAUCCUGGACCUUCAUGAGAGAGGAUACAUGGAGGACCUGGACAAGAAGUGGAUAUGGAAUGAGGGAGAGUCUUGUAAUGUGAGCGACCAGGAGUUCUCUAAGCGCCUGGGACUCAAGAACCUGGAGGGCAUCUUCAUCUUGGUGGCCGGCGGCGUGCUUAGUGGCAUCCCACUCAUCGUGAUGGAGCUGAUCUACUACCGCUGCAAGAGGCGCUACGAAGCGGCCAAGAGUGAUGGGAGCAGCCAGCAGCACCAGAGGGGCAGUAACUCCCAGGUCAGCAAGGACAGGGAGGGACGAGAAUGUUGCGACAGCGAGGGAGACGACAAUUUGAGAAAUCCUUUACUUACAAAGAAAACAACUGCAGUAGAGAAUAAUCUCGCUGCUAAGCCCCACAGCAGCCCUGGGCGCGGCGCCACACUGGCAAACUAUGUUGCGGACGGUAGCAUUGAGCGGCACCGCUACCCGCACCUCCACGCCCACCUGGGGAACAGCGAGGAGGUGCUACAGGAGGUAGAGGAGCGACUCCUGGCCAGCCCACACAUCCCUGAGGAGUGGUGGAUCCUCGCGCCGCCUACCUGUCCCCACUACCGCGACGGACCUGAGCUCUGCCACGCCCCCUGUCCCACCCCCUGUCCCGCCGCCUGUCCCGCUCCAUGCCCUGCUGACUACGAUGGCCCGGUCUGUUUGGACCCUCGAUGUGCAGAGAACCCGGCUGACAGCGGUACUGAAGACUGUACACAGUUCCACGUGGACGUUGACCUGCACGUAGCAGAGGCGGGAGUGGAGGAGGCGGGCGAGGCGUGUGUGUUUGGAGGGUGCGAGUGUAAUUCCUCGGGCACCGCCACAGAGACGCCAGCAGCAGCAGAAGGCAGCAAUAUGUCACGUCCUCCUCACAAGGUGCCAUUGGAGAACUUGCCUGAUGUUGUGGAUAACUGCAGUGAGCGGGAGGAGUGUGUGGAUGGGGUGGUGAGGGUGGAGGGAGUGGAAGGGGGUGAGGUGCCGGCGGGUGGAGCGGGCGGUAGUCGUGGCGGCCUUGAUGACCAGCGAGUGAAUGGGGGGCCGAAAAGAAAGAGGCGCACAAUCUAUGUGUAGUAGGGUGACUCGCCACCUCUAGUGUGCUUGUAGUAGUGAAAGGCGCGAUGCUUAGCUUGGCUUUAUGAUUAGGAAUAUAAACUGGUUUUGUGGAAUGUAUUUUGAUAUAAUAGAAGGAAACAUGCCUUUUAAUUAAUGACUAAUUUGAUAGGAUAUGGAGUACGAAGUGAAUACAAUGACUGUCUGGUGCUUCUUUCAGGUUUCUUUAACUACACCAGGAGAACGAGAACAAUAGAAGUUGAGGCGCUUGUUUAACCCACACUGAGCUGCUUCACCGCCUGCCCCUCAAGACUUAUCAAUCUUAACAAACUACACAUACGUUAAGUUGGUUGAAGCUUCUGUCCUUAUGAUUUCACUCUUCCAUCUUUCUUAAGCCAAUACCUUUAAUAUCUGUGCUUCUUGACAUGGCUGCUUGCAUUUUACCCAGCUUUUGAAGAACAUCUAGAACACUGGAAAGUGGCAGGCACCAGCUAGCUAUCUUUGAGCAGUUAUUGAUGAGGUAACGAAGCUUAUGUGUUCAUGCAGUGUCUGUGUAUUUGCUGCUCUGUGUAUAGAUAAGAAACCAUCCAACUGAAGAUACGUGUAUGGAAAGUGCUUAGUGUUCACCGCUUUUGUAUUGGUUGGGUGACGUGUGAUGCUGCCGCUGUGUUGUUCGAUAUAUUGUUUCGCGUUGUAGAGAGUUAAGUCUUUGCAAGCGAGGAAGAGGAUGAUAUACUGGGACGCCGGUGUGUGUGUGUGUACGUGGUCCUUCCAGCUAAAUUCAAGUAGUCCUCCUUGAACGUCAGUCCAUCCAUCGCCAUCCAUAUACUACAGUACACUUAUGUCCAAGUGGUUGUCUUAUCUCCUGGAGGUGGUGGCGGAGAGUGAACAGGCAGAAGAGUGACGGGUGCAGAUCAAGACGGAAUGAAGUGUCGACAGAGAAUUAGUGCUGAAUCGGGAGCGACAGAGAGCAGCAAUGUUCCAGGAAAGACCACACUACCAGCUACACACCAUCAGAUCUUCGCUUCUUCAUAACGCCGAGUACUAAAGACUGCUGUACAAGUCGAGAGAUUUCUCUGAAUGAAGGUGGAGUUUUAAAGAACAGUGAACGCAUUGCCAAUGAGAAAAGGAGGAUCUGUAAAGUGAUUAAAAAGACAGAGUACUAGAAGGUAUGUAUAAUUUGCGUGCCACCAGUCCUUAUCAGAAUACAAUUGUCGAGCUUAGAAGUACCAGGUACCGAAGUGCCUGUCAUGUGACGUCGGCGACCAUGGAACGCCAUCCUCCUCUAUUUUCAACCAAUCUAACCAGAUCCACAAUUGUCCAGCCAUCACCGACGUGUUCCAGCAAUGUGUCCAUAAACUUGACUCUGUCUUCCUCUUGCUCUGGUUCCUUCUACUCUCCCCAACAAGCAUUCUCUCUCCAGUCCAUGUCCUCUCAGUAUAUGGCCUACAAGAUUUAGCUGUCUCCUGAUACUAUUCACCAGUGUUCUUUCCAUUUCUGCUCUUCUCAAUACUUCUUCAUUAGUGAUCCGCGCAGUCCAAGGGAUUCUCAGCAUUCUUCGUAUGAACCACAUUUCUACUGCUUUUAACCUUUUGAUCAUGUUCUUUAUUGUCCAUGUCUCACAGCCAUACGUUAAUGUGGACCAUACAUAGCACUUGAGUAUACGUUGUCUUAGAGUUAUAUUCAUGCUAAUAUUGGUCAAUAUCUUUCUUAAGUGUCUGAAAGUUGUUUUUGCUAUUCCAAUUCUUUUUAUUUAAUUUUCACAAUUUGCCUUUUCUGUGAUAGUACUUCCUAGAUAUUUAAAAAUGUCUAGUUGUUUGAUUAUUUGUCCCUGGUUUAUAAAUUUGAAUUCGCAA